AUGGGUGUGGUUGCCAAGACGAUGCAAUACCUGUAUACAGUAGAGGCAAGCACAGAACGAGCCAAUAUGGGGGAAUUCCACUUGAUGGAUAUGGAUGGUGAUGUGAUAGACCGAAGCGGACGGCAAAAGUGGAAUCCCGAGUUAUUCACUGAGCGUCGGUCAACAAACAGCCGAUUUGAGCAAGUAAACGCGCGAUAUGGACAGGCUUCUUGUAGGCCGAUGUGGUACCGCAUUAUAAUUCCAGUCGUGGAACUACGUGAUGAGAGCAUUUGUGCGGUGUGCUGGUCACUGAGUGGAGUCCGGUUUUGGCUAUAA